UUGGGGUUCAUGUGACUGAGUGUGGGAAGCCAUUGUCAUAGGGUAAACGUUUCAUACCCCUGGGCUGUAGGCUGCAAACCUUGGGUCAACUAUUAGGUUCUGUAGCUGUGUAUUUUAUCACAACAAUUCUGUUCUACAAUGGUUCUUUUCCUUAGCUCAGGGUUGUUUUGCCUCUUGAUGGCAGCUGUGGGCAUACAAGCACAACAGACACUUAUAAAUGACCUCCACGCUGAAUGCCUUGGUAACGUUAUUCGUUUGAGUGUCGCUCCUCUUUUUGAAGAGGUUGAUGCUGUCUUCAAUGACACACAAAUCAUUAACCUGACGCCUGGCCUUGCUACUCGGUGUGGAUUGAGCUUUAAAUUUGACCCCAUGGGGAAUGCCAUGUUUUUUGCUUCUCUACAAAACUGCUUUUCCCAAAACAUGGAUGAUAAGAUGUUCAGCUUGGUCAUGCAGUUCAGGCUGCCAGGAAACCAUAUGACUGAAGACCCUGUGUAUAGAGUGGGCAAAACCUGUAGCUACACCCCCCUGGACCUCCCGAGAGAUUCUGUGCGACCGCAACUACAUGGAGGUGUCUGUCAGAAGGACUCUUCCAGACAUCCAAACCAUCCCCGAACAGCCCACUGGGGGCCCGAAAGCAAGGAGCGGCAACUUCCGGAGAGGCGCUGAGGCUGUUGCUUCAGGAUACAACAUCACAGCAGUCGUCUUUAGUCCUAGUAAGAAGGUCAUGAAUGUGGAUGAGGUCCAAAGAAAGGGCUAUGCAAUAGCCAACACUCCCACACGGCUGGUGUUAAGAAGCCCUCAUAAUGCAGAGGAGACAUACCUCCAGAAUGUAGCUGGGGUUCCGAUGCGGGUGCUCUCAACCUCAACCUUCUUUGAGCAGAAGUGGCUGGUUACUCAAGUAGAUGCCACGGCUGUUUGUCCAACACCAGAGGCAGUGGCCUUUACUCCAGAAGUGAUCACCUGGUACAUGCCCAAGCACAUAGACCCACUUUUCUCCUCUGAUGCCUUCACCAUGUUGGAGGUGUACAUGGGAAUUGACGCUAAGAGGCUGGACACUGAGGAAAUGGCUGCCAGAAACUACUCGGUUUUAGUCACAGAGGCUCAUAUUAUUGUUGAAAUUCCGGUGGGGGCGGUUGGCGGCUAUUUCAAGAGCCAUAUUCAGGAUGACCAGUACUUUGUCACUUACACCAUUGAGCCCAUGCUUGAGUUGCUGUGGAUCGAGGAGGUUGCACACGAGGACACCAGCUACAAAGUCCUCUUCCCUAUCACAACACCUCCGAUGGCCAGGCCUCCACAAGUUCGCAACUACACGCCCUUAGACACAGUUCCUGAGCAGGCAGUGUUUGUGCUUGAGUUGGGGACUUUCAACCUUGAUGUGGUGCUGCUGAACAUCACCUUUCCCACCAUGGUGCUAACUGUUGCAGAGUGCAACGCCAGAGGCUUCAAUGUUCAGGAGCAGAGAUCCCCGGACAACUUUAAGACCUUCAGGAUGGAGGUGCCCUUUUCAGACCCGGUGGUCUUUAAGGAGAGAAGGGCAGAACAAGGUGUCACAACCUUCACUCUUCAGCUGAUCUACGGCCUGGUUAUCUUUCCAGAGUACGCUCCUUUCUCUCACUCUGCCGUUGUGGACGCUGUACUGCUGGACAUCGUGCCACCCUCGGUCACUGGCAACUGUGAUCAGGAGAAGUUUCACAUCACUGUGGACUACAGGAACCAAGAGCCCUUUUUCGUGGUCUUGGUUGGCAAGCGGCUGCUUAACCAUGAGUUUGCUCAACAGUAUUUAACAGAGGGCGACGGAGACUUCACCAUCACGUUGCCCUUCUCUUCGCCGGACGCAGUGUUUGAGUCUGUUCACUCGUCCUCUAUCAGGAGCAGACUGGAUGUUACUCUGUUGAAUCCUUACAACAACAUGACCAUCAAAUACUUUUCCCUGGCUUGCAGCUUCCUCAAAACGCUGACUGAGUGCUUCUCUAACGGAACGAUGACUGCGCUGGCGGUGAAGGUGGAUUCUGUUCCCGGUCUGAACCCCGGUCAGCUGACCCUGAGCGACCCCACCUGUGGUCCCACCUACAGCAACGAUCGCUAUGCCUACUUCCACUUCACCGUCAACUCCUGUGGCACCACCAGGAAGUUUAUCAACAAUGUCAUGCUGUAUGAGAACGAAAUCUCCUUGCCAGAUGACCUGGAGGUGAAGCUGAAUGCCACAAUGUCUUCAGAGGAAUACCGGUUAAAGGUUUCCUGCUACUAUGUGGUCAACAUCACUCGCACAUUGGUCUUCUUGACCAGGCCGCGUGACAACGAGCCUUUUGCAGAGACUGGGACGGGUCGACUAAUGGUCAGAAUGAGACUCUCUCAGGACGCCUCGUAUAACACGUUCCUCCAGGAGGAGGACUAUCCAGUGGUGAGGUACCUGAGACAGCCUCUGCACUUUGAGGUGGAGCUGACCAGGUCCUCUGACCCCAGGGUAGCGCUGGUGCUUGACCACUGCUGGGCCACCCUCAACGAGGCCCGUGACUCCCGACCCCGGUGGAAUCUCAUCAUUAAUGGCUGUGAGAACCCCCAGGAUCCAUACCGUGUGGUCUUCCACCCGGUGGUAGCUGAUGCCAGGGUCCACUUCCCCCCUCACGUCAAACGCUUUGAGGUCUAUAUGUUUUCCUUCGCCGAGGAUGCGGUUGAGCAGAGUGGCCAGGUCUUUGUCCAUUGUGAUGUGGUCAUCUGUGAUGCCAGUAGUCCCUCUAGCGGCCCCUGUAGUGGACAAUGUGUGAAUCAGGACAACCCGAAAAGAGGUCAACGACAUGUCAAAGACCUCUUUGAGGAGGGUCAUUUAUAUGUUUCUUCUGGAUACAUUCUUUGGGUGUAGUGUCUUGUUCUAACAUGUCAAAUAAAGUAUUCUAUAUAAAACAAU